AUGUCGUUUGGAUUCAAUGCCGCUCCCGCUCAACAGAGCACAACACCUGCCUUUGGAGGUUUUGGUGCGAACAAUGCUGCAGCGUCACCGUUCGGGACUGCUGGGCAGGCAACAUCAGGCGGAUUCGGUGGAAACACCGCCGCAGCAUCGUCAUUCGGAAUGGGUGGGCAACAAUUUAACACCACGACAGCUUCCGGAGGUCUGUUUGGUAGCACAGCUGCGCAACCCGCACAGAAUGCAACGGGUACAUCGCCCUUUGCGACGGCUGGGCAGCAGACUGGUAGUCUUGGAGGCUUUGGUACAAACACGGCGUCAACGUCACCAUUCGGGGCAGCUGCUGGGCAGCAGGCAAGCUCUUCGCCUGCCUCUGGAGGUUUGUUUGGUGCACAACAAAAUACAGCCGGUGCGUCGCCUUUCGCAACCGGUGGACAACAAACGACGGGCUUCGGAGGCUUUGGAGCUAGCACAGCAGGAGCGUCGCCGUUCGGUGCCGCUGGUCAACAGGCGGGCUCUACGCCAUCUUUCUUUGAUACGUCAACCAUGCAGCAAAACCAGCAGCAGAACCCCGGUUUAUUUGGUCAGCCUGUGCAGCAGAGCCAGUCGCAGCCUGGUAUGCUCGGCAGCCAAUUUGGUCAACCUCAACAGCAAAACCUGGGGGCAUCCCUCCUCGGAGGACAGCAAUCACAGCCUCAGUACUCGUGGGGAUCUGCCACACAAUCGAGACCGGCGGCUGGAGCCGGUUUGGGUGCGAGCAUUGCGCCCGGCCAAUCCUACAUGAACCAAUCUUAUGGGCCAUAUGGGCCGGCUCAGCCUCCGUCGUUGACGGAUCAGCUUCAGAAGAUUCAGAGUGCGUGGGAUCCAAGAAGCCCGGACUGUGCGUUCCAAUACUAUUUUUAUAAUAAGGUUGGCGUGGAGCAGGCAGCUUUGUACGCCAAGCCUGCAGGUCACGAUCAAGCAAAGUGGGAUAAGGCCGUUGCUGAACGACCAGACAACACCGUCGUACCAGCCCUAGCAAAUGGCUUCGACGACCUGAAAAAGCGCAUGGAUCUCCAGGAGAACCAAGUGAACGCCUACCGCGCUCGCAUGCACGAGAUCGUCACCAAGCUUACCGACCUUUCCAACAAACAUGACCUCCAUACCUCUGUUAAGACUGCUGAAGCGCGGGCGCGUCAUGCAUCUCUUGCUCAACGUGUGUUGUCUUUGGCGGCGAAGGUCCAGACGUUGAAGAACCGGGGCUUUAAUCUGAGACCCGAGGAGGAAGCUCUGCGACUCAAGUUUGAGGCGCUCAAUAAGCAGAUGAACGACCCAGCAGUAUUCGGACAGAUCAACGAAUACUGGGCGCGAAUGACUUCUAUGCGUGAGCGGGCAAGGCAGAUCAAGGAAGAAUCCAAGAAGACGGGAUGGAACUCGUCAAUCAACUGGGCUCAGGAUGAGAAGCAGCUUGAGAAGAUAAGCAAAAUUCUGGCGGAUCACCAGACUGGGAUUGCGCAUGUCAGUGACGUAUUGAAGGAGGAUUUGAGGGAGGUUGAUGAGAUCAUGACGAAGAUCGAGGAGAGGCAGAGGAUGAAGAAGAGUAGUGUGCGGAGAUAGGGCACAGAGCACUUCGUAUCUGGAUGGCGAUCAAAGGC